GGGGGAACCCCCGGGAUGGAGGAGGAGGAGGAGGAGGAGGAGGAGGAGGAGGAGGAGGAAGAGGUGGAGGAGGUGGAAGAGGAGGGGGAACAGGGGCCGGGGGCGGCCGGAGGCGCCGGGGGAGCGAGGGGCCCCCCCCCGGAGCGGGCGGAGCUGGACGCGCUGCGGGAGCGGAUGGACAGGCUCCAGGACGAUUACGCCAAUUCCCAGCGCCUGAACCUGCAGCUGGAGGAGCGGCUGAGGGGGCUGGCUCAGGCCAUGGCGCUGGAAAGGGCCGCCCUGAGCCGCCACGUGGCCGAGGUUCUGCAGAGGGUCCUGGGGACCCCCCCCGCGCCGGGGACCCCCCCGCGGGACACGGUGUCCGCGUGGGGCGGGGCCGGAGGAUGAGGAUGAGGAGGGGGGGGAGGGGCCGCUGCUGCCCCCCCCCCGCCUUCAGGGACCCCCCCGGGAGGGGCGGGGCCGCUGCCCUGAGCGCCCCCAAAUCCCCCCAAAAUCACCCCAAAAUCCCCCCCAAAAUCACCCCAAAAUCACCCCAAAAUCACCCCCAAAAUCACCCCAAAAUCACCCCAAAAUCACCCCCAAAAUCACCCCAAAAUCACCCCCAAAUCACCCCAAAAUCACC